CGGGAGCGACCGCAGCGAACAAGGAGACGACGGCGACAGCGACAGCGACCAGGAGACUCAACUCGAGCUCUUGCAAGGGCGAUCCACCCCAUUUUACCGCAAAGAGCAAGUGGUACACCGGCACAAGAGGGUGUCAGUACUGGUCGGUUGUGGUCCCAUCGCUGUCUGGCCUUGCUGUCAUGCUGCGUAGCACUGCCGUGGUCAGCGCGACAUGGGCCCGGCUGGGACGGGCACUGAGCACAAGUGCUGCUGUCGGCGCGCACGUGUCGAUGGCCGAUGUGCCGCCACGGGAGGAGAUGAUUGACCGGCUGCGGCACACGUCGCAGUUUGAUAUGUUGGUCAUCGGCGGCGGGGCGACGGGCGUGGGCGUGGCGCUCGAUGCCAUCACCCGGGGCUACUCGGUGGCCCUUGUGGAGCGCGGCGAUUUUGGCUGCGCGACCUCUUCCAAGUCGACCAAGCUCAUCCAUGGCGGCGUUCGGUACCUGGAGAAGGCGUUCUGGAACGCAGACUACGGGCAGUACAAGCUGGUCCGCGAGGCGUUGAAGGAGCGGAGCCACUGGAUGAACGUCGCCCCCCACAUCUCGCGCUGGCUGCCUAUCAUGCUCCCGCUCUACUCGUGGUGGAAGGUGCCUUACAUGUACGCCGGUGUCAAGGCCUACGAUCUUGUCGCCGGCCUCCCGCCCAAGCGGUCGUACUUUCUCUCCAAGCGGCGCGCCCUGGAGCAGUUUCCCAUGCUUCAGGCUGACGGCCUCAAGGGCGCCGUGGUUUACUACGACGGUGUCAACGACGACACGCGCAUGAACCUCGCCAUCGCGCUGACUGCAGCCGCCAAGGGCGCCGCGCUCGGCAACUACGUCGACGCCGAGAAGAUUCUGAAGGACGCUGACGGCAAGGUUACCGGCGUCGUGGCCACAGACCGCGAGUCGCAGUCGACAUUUGAGAUCCGCGCCAAGGUCGUCAUUGCCGCCGCAGGCCCUUUCAUUGACUCGGUCCGCCGCAUGGAGGACCCAGACGUCGAGCCCAUGGUCCAGCCGUCGUCGGGUACCCACAUCAUCCUGCCCUCGUUCUACGCCCCGUCGUCGAUGGGCCUCAUCGAUCCGUCGACCUCGGACGGUCGCGUCAUCUUUUUCCUCCCUUGGCUCGGCCACACCGUUUGCGGGACAACCGACGCGCCAUGCCCGGUCGACCGCAACCCGGCGCCGACCGAGGAAGAGGUCUCGUGGAUCCUCAACGAGGUCCAGCGGUACCUGACCGACGAGCUCAAGGUCCGCCGCCGCGACGUCCUCUCGGCAUGGAAGGGCAUCCGCCCACUCGUCUCCGACCCCACCGCUGCCGACACCCAGGAGAUCCGUCGCGAGCACGUCGUCGCCGUCUCACCCGGCGGCAUGGUCCUCGUUGGCGGUGGCAAAUGGACCACCUACCGCGAGAUGGCUCAGGACGCCGUUGACAAGGCCCUCGAGGUCUCGGGCCUCCGCAAGAAGACCGCCAUCUCCAAGAACGUCAAGCUCAUCGGCGCAGAGGGCUGGACGCCCAACCUCCACAUCCAGCUCAUCCAAAAGUUCGGCAUCGAGCGCGACGUCGCCGUCCACCUCGCCCGCACCUACGGCUCCGAGUCGUUUGACGUCGCCCGUAUGGCGGCAGAGACCAACCCCACCGGCCAGCGCUGGCCGCUCUCUGGAAAGCGCCUCGUCCCGGGCUAUCCCUACCUCGAGUCCGAGGUCCGCGUCGCGUGCGCCGAGUUUGCCCGCUCCGCCACCGACGUCCUAGCCCGCCGCACCCGCCUCGCCUUUCUCAACGUCGAGGCCGCCCGCGAGGCCGUCCCGCGCGUCAUCGAGAUCAUGGCCGACGAGCUCGGCUGGGACAACGCCCGCAUUGAGAAGGAGUACCGCCGUGUCGACGUCAUGUUCUCCGGUGAGUUUGGCGGCCCGGCACGCAUCCCCAUCCGCUCCAUCGACAAGGCCUCAUCCGAGGAAAUCCGCGACGCCUUUGCCGCCAUCGACGUCGACGGCUCCGGCUACGUCGACGCCAACGACCUGCAGAACCUUGCCACCGCCCUUGGUAAGCCGCUCUCCAAGAACGAGCUCGACGCUGCACUCGCAGACAUGGACCCGACCGGCGAGGGCAAGUGCUCGUACGAGUCGUUUGAGUGGUGGUGGUACCGCCAGACAAAGUCGGCCGAGUCCAUCAACGCCAUCGGCCUUGUCUCUGGCCGCACCGCUCUCGACUCGUACCCGUAACGCGCAAUCCUACCCUCGUAGCGCGAGCCGCUCAGAAGAAUUGGCUCACUCGCUUCGCCACCACCGGUAGCCAGCCCGGCC